UGAGAUUUCAAAAUCGGAAAAUGAAAAAAUGGUUCCUUAUUUCGUUAUUCGUUUACGAAUCUGAUACCAAAAAACGAAUAACGAGUCAUUUCUCGUACUUUCGAUUUAAUGCUCAGAUCAAAAAUAGGAAAUUAGGAAACGGGCCACAGACCGAUUUUGAUUUUGAUAUUUAAUUUGUUCGAUUUGUGUGAACCGGAAGUUACGGUCUUCUUCGUGUGUUGCACUUGGAAGUUUCCAAGUUUUUUUUAUAUACUGUCUAUGGACGUUUCCCGCAAUUUGGAAAACAGUUAGACGAGGCCUGGAAAACAUCAAUUAUGCAGUGAUUGUAAGUUAAUGACUCAGUAUUUCUUAAGUAAUUUCGUAUUGACACCAUGGCCGCACUGGAACCAUAUGCUGAUUUAAUUAAAGAUUUAUUUGAAACUGGCAAGACACAUGUAGAGAUUUCCACAACGCUGCAGCAGAUGGGUGUCCAGCGAUGUUCUGAAAUAAGUGUGAGAAGAUUCUGUGUUCAGCACAACCUUAAGCGAAAAAGACAUGUAUCGGACACAGAACUGGAGAGGGCUGUGGUUGGAUCAAUAUAUGAAACGGGCCCAUCUUAUGGCCGCAAGUUCAUGACUGGAUAUCUGUCUUCAAUGGGAGUGCAUGCAGGAGAAUGUCGAGUUGGGAAAAUCCUCAGAGAGAUUCAUCAGCCAUACCACGAAUUCCGACGUCAGGGUGCUCGUAAUCUAAAUCCCAUCCCGUAUCAUGCGGAAUAUAUGGGCCAUAAAAUUCACAUGGACCAAAACGAGAAGCUUGUGAUGUUUGGAGUGACACACGUCGUGGCAGUUGAUGGCUACAGCGGCAAAAUUGUUGCCAAUGCCACCAUGCCAGUGAAAAACAACCUUGUGAUUUAUGAGGAAGUUUACAGAUCUGCAGUGGUUAACCAUGGGAUGUGGGACCAACUCAGGGUCGACCAUGGCAGGGAGUUUUACAUGUGCUUGUACAUGCAAGAGAUGCUGUCAAGACAUAGACACAACCCUAGCAGGCCACCAUACCUUCAAACAACAUCAACAAGGAAUCUUCGAGUGGAAAGGAUUUGGCCCGAGGUGAACAAUCGCGUUAACUACCCAUUGAAACAGGCCCUGGUACACCUGCUGGACCAAGAAGUCCUCAACAUGGAGGACAAUAUGACUAAAUUCUGCAUUUCAAACCUGACAUGUCAAUUAAGCCAAAUUGGACUAGGCAGAGUGGUGCAAUCGUGGAAUGCACACAGGAUCCCAGGACGUGGGAUACCCAAUGAACUUGCAGCAGGUGGCUGUCCAGCUAAAAUCUCUGAAGAGCUGCUGCCCAAUGCCUCUGUUGUGGCAAACAUGUAUGAGCAAGAGUUUGGAUCCUCGCUAACUUGGGUGUCAGUUUUUGGAACUGACCCAUUUUCAUCUGAGGAGGAUAGAUGUCAUGCAGAACAAGACUUUGCAGAAAACUACCCUGACAUCUCUCUUCUUUUUAAUCAUGUGGUAAAUAAUGACUAUACACCUUUCCAAGAUGCCUUGUUGUACCUCAUAAAUGUCACCCAAAGAUAUGUCUGAAAACAGUAACUGAAAUGCAGUGGUGUUGUUAAGUAGCUAGGAAAACA